UUUGUACCAAGGUGACACAGCUGAUACGGUGCGAGUUAAACGGGGUAUCUUUAUAAGUGGCCUCGCAAUGUCCAGCAUGCUGUAGAUGUUCAGUAUAUAGUCACUUUUAUCACGGUUUCUCUUAUGGAGGUGACCACACGGAUCUCCUGAUGCCCUCUGGGCCCGGGGCCAUCCAGCCUGCGGGCCACCACAUCACAUGUGCCUACUAUCUUUAGCCAGGGAAGUAUUUAUAUCCCUGGGGGACGUUUUUUUCCCAGUACAGGGUAGCCCCAGAGUCGGUGGUUCGGCGAAUCCAGGUCCCCAGCGGCAACCUCCGCCCCUCUGGCUCACCAUGCCGCGGGGCCCUGAGGUCCCGGUUCAGGUCUGGGUGGGAGGCCAGCUCUUCCAAGCUGACCAGGCACUGCUGGUGGAGCACUGUGGCUUCUUCCGCGGCCUCUUCCGCUCCGGCAUGCGGGAGGCUCGCGCUGCAGAGGUGCGCCUGGGCGCGCUGAGCGCGGGUGGCUUCCGCACCACGCUGGAGGUGCUGCGAGGCCAGCGGCCGGCACUGGCGGCCGACGAUGAGCUGCUGCAGGCGGUGGAGUGCGCCGCCUUCCUGCAGGCGCCGGAGCUGGCGCGCUUUCUGGAGCACAGCCUCACGUCGGACAACUGUGCGUUGCUGUGCGACGCCGCCGCCGCCUUUGGCCUGAGAGACGUGUUCCACAGCGCUGCGCUCUUCAUUCGCGAUGGCGAGCGCGAGCUGGCGGCCGAUUUGGUGCUGCCCGAGGCCCGCGCCUAUGUGGCGACCCUGCGGCCCAGCAGCUAUGUGGCCUUGAGCACUCACACGCCUGCUCCUGGCUUCCUGGAAGAUGAGUCACGCACAAUGUGCUACCUGGACGAGGAGGAGGACGUGUGGCGUACGCUGGCCGCGCUGCCCCUGGAAGCCAGCACAAUGCUGGCAGGAGUGGCCACGCUGGGCAACAAACUCUACAUUGUGGGUGGCGUGCGUGGCCCCAGCAAGGAGGUGGUGGAGCUGGGCUUCUGCUACGACCCCGACGGAGGCACGUGGCGCGAGUUCCCCAGCCCACACCAGCCACGCUAUGACACGGCACUGGUGGGCUUCGACGGCCGUCUCUACGCCAUCGGAGGCGAGUUCCAGAGGAUGACCAUAAGCUCGGUGGAAUGCUAUGACCCGGCCACUGGCUGCUGGAGCUUCAUGGCUGACCUGCCACAGCCGGCCACAGGGGUGCCCUGCGCCCAAGCGCGUGGCCGCCUCUUCGUGUGCCUGUGGCGGCCGGCAGACAUCACCGCAGUUGUGGAGUAUGCGGCGCGGACCGACGCGUGGCUGCCGGUGGCCGAGUUGCGGCAUUCGCAGAGCUACGGCCACUUCAUGGUGGCCCAUCGUGACAGUCUCUACGUGGUGCGCAAUGGACCUUCCGACGACUUCCUGCACUGCGCCAUCGACUGCCUCAACUUGACCACGGGCCAGUGGACGGAGCUACCUGGCCAGUUUGUCAACAGCAAGGGAGCACUUUUCACUGCGGUAGUGCGUGGCGACACCGUCUAUACUGUCAACCGCGUGGUCACCCUGUUGUACGCCAUCGAGGGUGGCACCUGGCGGUUGCUCAGCGAAAAGAUAGGCUUUCCCCGGCCCGGCUCUUUGCAGACCUUUCUCCUGAGGCUGCCCCCUGGAGCUCCGGGGCCUGUGGCCAYGGCGUUGCCAGAACUGUGAGCCCUGAGCUGGCGAUAGGAGAGGACACCCUGAGUCUCCCCUGAGCAGAGGCUGAGUGUGCGAGACUGAUUUUGAGAAGUUCCUGGGAAUUUCAUGUUCCCUAUCGAGAGACUCUGUUCUUGAGCCUUCUGGUGGUGUGAACAUGCCCAAGCAGCUCAGGGAGCAACAGUGACACGGGGGUCUGAGCCCUCAAAUCACUUAGACUCUGCUGAGAGAUGGGACAGUGGACUGUUAACCCCCAUGACUUCACUCAAGGAACAGCAGAAAAUGAACUGUGCUGGUGGGAGACUCAGCUGUCAGAAGACAGGCCACCUCUGAGCAUCCUGAUCAUGGACACGGGAUGUGGGACCCUGGUGGAAGAGGUCUCCACCCAGCAAUGUUCUCCACAGUCUGCAGGCUUUGGCCCCAGCUGGAGCAGGGGAGCUUGAAAAGAGGGAGCCCCUCUCUGGCAUCUCAGCAACUGAGAAAGGUAAAAGGGGUCUUUUAUUGGGUGGCAAGGUACAAACGUCUAGUCUGACCCCUCUCUUUUCACAGGGGAGGAAUAUGAGGUCAAGGGGGACCGAGUAUUUGCCUGAGGGCAUACAGCAGGCAGUGUGAGCUAAAUUCCUGAGCUAAAUUCUACAUUUCUAGAAUCCUCUUCUCCUCAUACCAUGCUGAUCUCUUGUGUUGUCUGCCAGGACACCCAAGAGGGAGAUUCCCCACAAUGACCCAUUAGGCCUGCCAACUUGGAUUCCAUACUUCUAAUUUUGUCCAGUAAAACUCACUCCUAUUAUGUCCUGUUCUCUUAGCAUCUUGCUUUGAUUCAGUAAGGAGAGACAAAGAAGUCAGUGAUAUUUGGGUACCUGGGCCCUUCAAAGCCUCACACACACAAUCUCUCUCUCUCUCUCUCUCUCUCUCUCUCUCUCUCUCUCUCUCUCUCUCUCUCUCUCUCUCUCACACACACACACACACACACACACACAGUUUCGCCAAUUCUAAGAGUGGCCCAAGGCCAUUGGCUCAGUAUGCUUCUCUUUCGGGGUAACUUAUUUUCAUUCUAACUGGGGCUUUCUAAUGAUGUGCCUAACUCCAAAGUGCUGGUUAGCAGAGAGAAUUCCAGGUGCUCAGAGAGGGUGCUAGCACUGGGUUGGGAUGGAAAUAAGGGAAUGAAGGUCUUGUGGGGCAUCCUCUGCAGAGAGACCCAGGGCCUGCCUGUCAGCCAGCUGGUUUGGGAGUCAAAUGUUGGCUGAGAGUGACUGCUGUUUAACCUUGGGUAAGUUCCUUAAUCUUUCUGAAGUUGAGGGCUCUCAACUCUACACAGAGCUAAUUCCUACGCCACAGGGUUAAUACACAUGUGAAAUGAGAGUUUACCCAUCAGCAUGUGAUCUUCCUCUCCGUGCUCCUUUCUCUUCUUCACACUUGGAGCACUUGCUGUGAGGAGGGCAUAGGCCUGGUGAGUGGAGCACAGCCUUGCAGUUGGUACUUAGCGCUCAGAACCAUUAAGCCCAGGCCUCAGCUUCAGGGGGUCAUGGGUUCCCAUUCCAGCUGCAUCACUGGAAAUGGUUUCUUUAUAGAACAGAGAUGAUGGCAGUACUCACCUUAUGCAGUCAUUGUGCAGAUUAUGUGAAGCACCUGCUGUUUCGAGGCCAGAGAGGUGGCUUGGGGCCUAAGUGUGGGACCCUUGAAUGCCUGGCAGGAGAACCUGAGCUUUCUUCUACAGGAAUGGGGAGCCAUGGCACAUUUUUGAGGCGGUGAGUGCAGUAGACAGAGGUGCUCAGUGCCCCUGGAAGCUGCCCAAUGGGAGCACCAGCUGGAGUAGGGAGGGGGGAGUGUGAAGUCAGGGGACUCAUUUCCCAGCUCCCUCUCUGUGUGGCUGUCUUGUGCUUUUUCUUCCACUGACCCAAUCACAGGACCUGACAUGUGGCCCUUUCUGUGCAGUCCUCUCAGUCUCCGGCUUGGGGUGGCCACUCCUUCAGGUCUAGGAGUGGUGAGAGCCCGGCUGUCUCUUGCAGUUCCUGGAGUGGCCCUUCACUCUUUGUAAAUGGCCUCAUUCCUCAACUUUCCCUGAGGACCUGAUUUGAGUUGUCAUCUCUUUCCUGGCUGGAGCUUGCUGGAUGUGUGCCCUGUCCCUUCUGGCCAUCUUUAUGGGCAUGUGUCACUGAGUGGCUAGGCUUGGGCACAAUAAAGGAUACUGGAAUAUGUCCAUCUCAUGCCUUGGCCUGAUUACUCGGUGAUGGGAACCAGAGGAAUGUCUUCUGGGCAAGGGCAGUGCCUCCGUGACUGUGACUGGCAGCUGGGGCCUUACCUCCCAAAACACUUGAAUUUGAGGGGAAAAAAUUGACCUUUAGAAGCUCUUUGAAGAUUGGCUGGGAAUGGAAACAGAACCAGAGGCAUGAGCUCCAGAGUACACAGCUUCUGCCAUCCCUUUCCAGGUGAGGGACCAGGCAGAACUGUAGCACCAGCCCUGAGGCAGAGCCUGGCUCUAUAUUGCCCUGACCAGACAGCCAGACCUGACCUUCACCAACUUUAACCAAGAGGUCCUCAGGCUCCCCAGUGAGAGCUCUGGAGACCCUUGCUUCAUGUUUAGCCUUGUCACCCAUUUGCUGGGUGACUUUGGGCUGGUUACAUCCCCUCUCUGAGUUGCUUUGUGUCUGUCGUUGAAGAUGAGAAGACAUCUGUCUGAUGUCCAUAUUUGCUAUGGGACCAGGUGAGGGCCCCAUUGUGACGGGAGCCAGUGAGGUAGCAGGGAUGUUUCAACUGCUAGCUCAGAUUUUCUGGAUUCUAAUUCAGUUCUAGCACUUUCUAGAAUGUGUGACCUUGGGCAAUUUAACCUCUUGGGAUCUCAGAUGGGCUUCUGUCAGUGAGCAUACGGGUGCCUAAMCUCAAAGGGCUGUUGGGAGGAUAAUAUAGCACACCAAAAGAGCUUAGAACAAACAGUGCUGGGCCCACAAAGUCAAUAAACCAGAAGAAUCUUGACCCUCAGGCAAGGGCAGUUGGUCUGGAGAAGGUGAUUAGGUAGCAAUGGAGGGAGCCCUAAGGAGGGGUUGGGGCCUGCCAUUCCUCCUGUUAGGAUACUUACUGUCUCCAGAAUGUAACCCUGAUCUGGCACUGUAGUAGGGACAUGGAGCAAU